CGGAGGCGAUUCCUCGGCCGCUGUCCGCGGUGCUGAAAGUUAACGGAAUCGCCAGCGGCCACAUGGAGGCCACAACUCCGUGGGAAUACGCGGCCUAAAAUGUCACGGGUGCGGCUUGACUCACCAGCAGUUUUGUUGUUUUUCUUAUUUUCUCUUUGGUUUUGACUGAAACUUUUGACUACACAUGAGUCACACACGUCACGGGGGCCAAACUCGGCGCCUCACAAAUCUCGCCCAGCAGGGAGCUGGACCUUGUGCCUCCGGGAGCGUCUCAGGGGCGCAGGCGCAACAUGUCAACGACUUUUAUGAGACAGAGCUGGUUACAGGGAAGUCCCACGCAACGCAACGCGUCUUUAUCUCGCCAGUUUAACAUCCCAGCGUUAAGCCCCCUUUCCUCCAGCUGCAUUUUACGGACUAAACUGUUCUCACUUCGUUGCCUCUGUGUCUGACGAGGUGCGAAUCCCAAAGGAACUGACACCCUCCUCCCUCCACCUCCUCCUCCUCCUCCACCACCACCUCGUCGUGGUGCCGCAGCAGCAGCAGCCAGCGCGGUGAGUGCGUCCUGCAGCAGCAACAACAGCAGCAGCAGCAGCAGCAGACGUGGAGGCACCUGUCGUUUUCCAGGGCGAGCUGAGAACCAUUUUUAGGGAGUAAGAACAAGGCAUCUUACGAGACCAUUCGCAGCAGAAGCACCGCGGGGGGUCCGCGAAUACCGAUGGCUUCGCUUGUAGACAUUUGCGCCUCGCAGAAUUACGCAUUGGCCCCUUGAUGCUGAAGUGUGUUGCAGCUGAGGGGAGCAAUUUCAGUGCAUCCCUGUGAACACACACACACAUAUAUUGUGGAGCCUUUUGGAUACAAGCACAGGAGACAAUGAGAGGCUACCUGCUGACUGCAAUCUUCCUGCUGCCCUUGGUGGCCUCAGAGUCCGAGCACUGUAUAAUCAAGCGUGAGCACGAGAAAUGCAUGGAGAGGAUCACGCUGCACAACCCGAGCGAUGACCUUGAGUUAGUGUGUCCAUGGAUGUGGGAUAACCUGACCUGCUGGCAGGCGGCCAGGGAGGGUGAAGUUGUGGUGGUCAACUGCCCAAACCUCUUCGAUGAGUUCAUGGACCCUGACGAGGAGAUGGAGAAGGUCAGUCGUAACUGCACCAAGGAUGGCUGGUCCGAACCCUUCCCUCACUAUGUGGACGUCUGCUUCUUCUAUGACAACACCACGGAUCCCGAGGAGUACUAUGCCUCAGUCAAAGCCCUGUACACUGUCGGCUACAGCACGUCGCUGGUGUCUCUGACUACAGCCAUGGUCAUCCUCUGCAGAUUCAGGAAGCUCCACUGCACCAGGAACUUCAUUCACAUGAACCUGUUUGUGUCCUUCAUCCUGAGGGCCAUCUCCGUCUUUAUCAAGGACGGUGUGCUGUACGCUCAAGAGGACAGCGACCACUGCUUCGUUCACACAGUGGCGUGUAAAGCAGUAAUGGUUUUCUUCCAUUACUGUGUCAUGUCCAACUAUUUCUGGCUGUUCAUUGAAGGUCUGUAUCUCUUCACUCUGCUGGUGGAGACUUUCUUUCCGGAGAGACGCUACUUCUACUGGUACACCAUCGUCGGAUGGGGAACUCCGACCAUCUGCGUCACAGUCUGGGCAGUGCUGAGGCUCCACUUCCAUGACACUGGAUGCUGGGAUACAAAUGAGAACACUGCCCUCUGGUGGGUGAUCAAGGGACCAGUCGUGGCUUCUAUCAUGAUCAAUUUCGUCCUCUUCAUUGGAAUAAUCGUCAUCCUGGUCCAGAAGCUGCAAUCCCCUGAUAUCGGAGGGAACGAAUCAAGCAUUUACCUCAGCUGUGCUCAGAAAUGCUUCAGUGAGCCCACACAGGCUGUUCAGCAUUCGUGCAGGAUGUCAGAGUUAUCCACCAUCACACUGCGUCUGGCGCGCUCCACCCUCCUGCUCAUCCCGCUGUUUGGUAUUCACUACACUGUGUUCGCCUUCUCACCUGAGGACUUCAGCAAGAGGGAGAGACUGGUCUUUGAGCUGGGGCUGGGAUCCUUUCAGGGCUUUGUUGUAGCUGUCCUCUACUGUUUCCUCAAUGGAGAGUUUCUCCCUAAAGGUGCAGUCGGAGAUCAAGAGGAAAUGGCGCAGCUGGACGGUGAACCGAUACUUUGCUGUGGACCUGAAGCAGCAAAGGCACCCUUCGUUGGCCAGCAGCGGAGUGAACGGCGGGACUCAGCUGUCGAUCCUCAGCAAGAGCAGCUCCCAGAUACGCAUGUCCAGCCCGCUGGCGGAGAACGCCAACAUCAGCCUCCCCACCUGAGCGUCUGAUCGGCACGAGACAAACCUCAAGGUGCCGUUUCCACUUAGCGUACAUCCAGACCAACCAGAACAGACCAAAGUGGCCCCCUCUUAUAUUUUGUAGUUUGGCCUUCAAAAAUGAGGUAUUACUUAGAGCAUUUACUGGAUAUUCUUUGGAGGAUGUCAUAAUUUCUAAUUUCAUUUGACAACGUAAUCAGAUUUAUUUAUGCAUUUCAGCUGACUGACUAGUUGACUAGAUUGUGAUACAUUUAAUAUUUUUAUGAAUGAACCCAAAUUCAACUCGACUUUAAACAUGAAAAAAGAUAUUAGAAAUCCCCUUUCUACCAAUUAUUUUAAAUAUAUGCGCCCUGUUAUCAUUUGAUUUAUGAAUAAUAAUAAUGUAGAUUUGGUGCCAAAAAUGGUACAAGUUGUGACAGAGAAAAAACACAUCUCAUGUAGGGGUCAUAUUUGGCUGUCGGUGUUUAAAGUAAAUGUGCUUCAGAGUGCCAUACAGGUUGCCUGACUGGAUCUGAUCUCACAACAGUCCAAAGUGAAACAACAACCAAACGUUCGCCUUGCUUGUACAAAUGCUCAUUGUUUAAAUGUUCCAUCCUCAAUUUAAACAUUUUUCUACAAUCAGCCGUAAGUACAGAGUAUGUCAAAAGAUAUAUACAAAAAAAAAAAAAAGAAAAAGAAAAGAAACUCAUGAACUUUGUAAAUAGUUACUUUUGGUGUCUAGAUCAGAAUUAGUUUCUUUUUUGCAUAACGCAGUAUUGUAAUGACCUUUUCAAACAAAAGGAACUGGAGCCCAAAUCUGUAGACUUUCAUCACAUGUGCGGUAAAAUGACCCGGAAGAUCCUGCCCAAUAUAUUCUGAAAUAUUUGUUUGUAUUAAAUAAACACACACACACACACACACACACACACACACACACACACACACACA